CCCUGUCUCUAUCACUCUCCUGAAAGCCUGUCCCUCUCCCCUGUAGUUUCCUGUCCAUCUGAAUCUCUCUUCUCUUCCAGUAUCUCUCCCUCUUCUGCACACUUUCUCUCUCUCUCCCUCUCUAUAUCCUUCUUUCUAUCCUCUCUGUUCCCCCUCUCUUGUACUUACACAUAAUGUCUCAGAAGAAAAAUAAAUCUCAGCCCCCACAAGUUGCCCUGGACCCACCAGAAGGAGCAGCCCCAGCCCCAGCCCCAGCGAAUGGUGAUGGGGAGGGAGACGCAGAGGCAAAGAAAAAGGAGAUGGAGGAGCUUCCCCCAUUUGAGAUAGUGGAAGGGAGCCGCAUUCCAGCCUCAUCCUUCAAGUUCCAAUUCAAAAAUGUGGAAUACAGCUCCGGACGCAAUAAGACUCUGUUAUGCUACACAAUUGAUCGAGAAAAUCAGAUUUAUCGUGGGUACCUAGAAGAUGAGCACGUUUCUGCCCAUGCAGAGGAAGCCUUCUUCACCAAGGUCCUUCCUCAGUUCCUUGCAUCAGGCAAAAUCAAUGUCACAUGCUAUGUGUCCUCCAGCCCAUGUGUAUCUUGCGCAGCUGCCAUUGCACAAUGCUUGAAACGUAGCAAGGCUCCAAAGCUUCGCUUUAUCAUGGCGCGUCUGUUCCAGUGGGAAGAAUCGGAGAUCCGAGGGGCCCUGCGUGCUCUCCGCACAGCUGGUGCCCAACUAAGCAUGAUGAAUGGGGCAGACUAUGCCCAAGUGUGGCAGAACUUUGUGGAGCCUGAUGUCACCUUUAAUGAAGAGGGAAACAUGGAAGAACAAGGAACUGAACAAGGAAUCUUUAUUCCUUGGGAAGAUUUAGAGGAGAAUGCCAGAUAUUAUGAAGAGAAGUUGAAUGAGAUUCUGCGCUAAGAGAUCAUUUUACUCCCUGGGACAUUUUUAGUGGCUGUAGAACAAUAAUAUUGCGGUGUCAUGCGAAUUAUUUACAUAUUUUGAUUCAGCUUAACUAUUCUCAACCACUCUCUCUUUGCUUCUAGAUCUUUUUUUUUUUUAAAAUCUAGAGAUUCUCACUGUCCCUCAAGUUCAUUUUUUCAUUAAAGUGCCUCAGUUUUUCUUCUUUCCGACAUAA